AUGAUCGUCGUCCUAGCGGGGAUCAUAUCGGCUUCGGCUCAGGCUGGCUGCGACCUGUUCCGGGGGAGGUGGGUGGCGGACAAGUCGUACCCGCUGUACGACGCGUCCACCUCCCGUUCGUGCCGGACGUCUUCGACUGCCGCCGCAACGGCCGCCCCGACGACGACUACCUCAAGUUCCGGUGGAGCCCCGCCAACUGCCGGCUGCCCAGGACUGGUGCUGUACCACACCACGUUCCUAGUGGACGUCGUGCAGGAGGACAUCGGCCGGGUGCUCAAGCUGGACUCCAUGCGGAACGCCAGCGAGUGGCUCGGCGCGCACCUGCUCGUCUUCAACACAUGGCACUGGUGGACCUACAGGAGCGCCAGCCAAGUGUGGGACUACGUGCAGGACGGGAAGAGCACGUACCGGGCCAUGGACCGGCUGACGGCCUUCUCCAAAAGGCGCUCUCCACAUGGGCGCGCUGGGUCGAUGCCAACGUCGACGCCUCCAAAACCAGGGUCCAGGGUCUUCUACCAGGGCAUCUCCCCGAGCCACUACAUGUCGAAGCAGCAGGAGAGCCAAGCAGGGACGGCACCAGCGGGAGGCGGAGGCAGCUGCCUGAAGCAGACGCGGCCGCUGCAGGAAGCCACGGACGCGGCCGGCGGGGGCACGACAAGCCUGGCCCCGGUGCAGGCCGUGGUGCGGGGCGUCAUCGACGCCAUGACGGCGCCGGUGUCGCUGCUGGACAUCACCGCGCUGUCGCAGCUCAGGAUCGACGCGCACCCACGGCGGGGCGGGGCGGCAUGGCAUGGACUGGACGCACUGGUGCAUCGCCGGACUCCCGGACGCGUGGAACCACAUCAUGUAUGCCAUGCUCCUGCAGCAGACAUAGAUGAACCAAUAAUUCUUCUUUCAAAAAGAAAUCGAACGAAUAAAGCUCUUCUUUUCUAG